CGAAACCAACGGAGCAGCGGAGCAGCCGUCACGGCGCCGAGAUUUCCAGAGUGAGCGCCGGAACGAGGCCCGGAGAUCUGCAAACAAAGAGGAAAGCGAAAAUUAUAAAUAUACUUUGGAUUCCCAUGCUCUUCCAUCUUUUCAACUCAUCACAAUUAUCACCACUACUACCACUAUCAUAGCUGCUUCUACCACAGCUAGUUACUACUACACCUCUCCUCCACUUUCACUCAUCACUUUGAAAAGAUGUCACCCACCAUUGCCAUUGUCGGCGCUGGCCCUGCUGGCCUCCUUGCCGGCGUCAUCCUCCAAAAACACAAUGUUCCCUUCACAGUCUACGAGCUUCGAUCCAAGCCCACAGACGAAGAGUUCGCACAGCCCUCUGGCAUGCUUGAUCUCCACGAAGAAUCCGGCCUUGCUGCGCUUGCUGCCUGUGACCUUACUGAAGUCUUUCAUACAUUUACCGGCGAAUGUGCCGAAGACCAAAAGAUUGCCGACAAGAACGGCAAGAUUCUCUACCAGGACGAGGGCAAUGUCUCCAACCGCCCUGAAAUCUCACGUCACAACCUCACAAAGAUGCUCCUCGAUACAGUCUCCGCCCCCACCACGAUCCACUGGAACCACAAGCUUGUCUCUGUCACAGAAACGCCCAAUGGCACCGAGCUAGACUUUGGCGAGAACGGCAAGCACACUUACGACCUUGUCAUUGGUGCCGACGGUGCGUGGUCCAAGGUCCGCAAGGCCCUCACAGACGUCAAGCCCGCCUACGCUGGCACUCAGUACCUCGUGGCAACAAUCCGCAACGCUACCGAAAAGUAUCCCCAUCUCGCACAGCUCGUCGGCAAGGGCAGCUUCUCGAGCCUCGCCAACCACCACGGCGUAAUGACCCAGCGCGGACCCCAGGAUUCCAUCCGCGUCAUGGUUGUCGUUACCACAGACGACGAACAAUUUGCCACGACAAAGGGAUUUGCUGGCAAGCCCGCAACCCAUGUCAUCGACACCCUUCUCAGCGACGACAGCUUGCUUGGUAGCUGGGGCUCACUCAUGAAGGAGCUCGUCAAGACCGCAUGCACUGAGGAAGAAGCUGAUCACCCGGGCCAGCCGCUGUUCAUUCGCCCUCUAUACUCCAUUGCUGCAGGCACCUCGUGGGAGACGAAGCCUGGAUACACAGUGAUUGGCGAUGCCGCGCACGUCAUGUGCCCAUGGGCUGGCGAGGGAGUCAACCUGGCUAUGAACGAUGCCAUGAUCCUUGCUCAGGCCAUCUGCAAGGCUGUCGAUGGAGCUGGCGAUGCUGCCGCCUUUAAGACGGAGAUGGCUACUGCUCUGCCUGCCCUUGAGAAGGACAUGAUGCAGCGCUGGGAACCCUUUGCCGAAGAGACAAUUCGCAACGGCAAUAUGCUCUUUGGUAGCGAGAACGGGUCUCAGUCCUUUGUGGACUUUUUUAAGCAGUUUAUGCCUCCUGAGGCCUUUGUUACUCCAGAGUAGGGUUCCAUUUAUUGGUCACUUUAUUUUUUGGAUUGGAUUAUUUUUCAUAGCAUAGCAUAGCAUAGCAUAGCGAUUUUAUUUCUUAGAGUAGAUUCCCAACAUAUAUAAUAGAGAGAAACAAAAAUUACAAAAAAUAAGUACACGAC